CGGUGUAUUUAACAAGUUAAUGUCAGGCGGGCGGCGAGGCGCUGGUAGGUGUGUGCCUGGUGACAUCAGCUGGCGAGCAGCCUGGCAGCAGCGCGGCGCAGGCAGGGAGCAGGCAGCGAGCCGAGGGUGUGUUGCCUCUAAGCUGGGUAUUCUGGCAAGGUGGAGAGCUGGUCUGUUUGGCAGGACCUUCCCAUCUGGGAUCCAUCUGUGUUUCCCUGGAAUCGGACAGGCGGCUCCAGGCAGUGAGAAAUCGCAGAUGUGCGGGACCUGACACAUGUCCAGCUAAUGAAAGGAGAAGGCAGGCUGGGCUCCGGCUGCGCUCGAAGAUCACGGGCGGAGGAGGAGGAGGAGGAAGAGCGCUUUUCUUUCUAUUUGAAAGAAACGAGGUGUAUUGCACAGCAGCUGGAUCCUUGCAACCUCGCUGGCUAGGUUGCUGGUGAGAAGAGGGUGCCAGUGAUGCCCGGAUCGCCCGUGGAAGUGAAGAUCCAGUCCAGGUCCUCUCCUCCCAACAUGCCGCCGCUGCCUCCCGUCAACGCCGGCGGCCCCCGGCCCGUGUCCUUCACUCCGACUGCACUGCCCAACGGGAUCAACCAUUCCCCCCCGACCCUGAACGGGGCCCCAUCCCCACCCCAGAGGUUCAGCAACGGCCCUUCCUCAUCCUCCUCCUCCUCACUGACCAACCAGCAGCUCCCAGCCACGUGUGGGGCCCGGCAGCUGAGCAAGCUGAAGCGUUUCCUCACCACCCUGCAGCAGUUUGGGAAUGACAUCUCACCGGAGAUCGGGGAGAAGGUCCGGACCCUCGUCCUGGCACUCGUGAACUCAACGGUGACAAUCGAGGAAUUUCACUGCAAGCUGCAAGAGGCAACCAACUUCCCCCUGCGGCCAUUUGUGAUCCCCUUCCUGAAGGCCAACCUGCCUCUGCUGCAGCGGGAGCUGCUGCACUGUGCCCGCGCUGCCAAGCAAACGCCCUCCCAGUACCUGGCCCAGCACGAGCACAUCCUGCUCAACACCAACACCACAUCUCCUGCUGACUCCUCUGAGCUGCUCAUCGAGGUCAAUGGCAAUGGCAAGAGGCACAGUCCAGACAGGAGGGAAGACAGCAGCUUUGACAGGGAGCCACUGCCGACAGAGCCUCCGGCCAAGAGGGUUUGCACCAUCAGCCCCGCGCCCCGGCACAGCCCUGCCCUCACCAUCCCCCUGAUGAACCCCAGCGGGCAGUUCCACCCCACCCCACCGCCCCUCCAGCACUACACCUUGGAAGAUAUUGCCACCUCCCACCUCUACAGGGACCCCAGCAAGAUGUUGGAGCACAGAGAGAUCCGGGACAGGCACGGCGGGCUUGGGCUGAAUGGAGGCUACCAGGACGAGCUGGUGGAUCACCGCCUGACGGAGAGGGAGUGGGCGGAUGAGUGGAAGCAUCUCGAUCACAAGAAGCUGUGAACGAGGUGAAGCGGCAGGCCAUGUCGGAGGUGCAGAAGGCGGUGGCCGAGGCGGAGCAGAAGGCCUUUGAGAUGAUCGCGUCGGAGCGGGCACGCAUGGAGCAGACCAUCGCCGACGCCAAGCGCCAGGCCACCGAGGAUGCCUUCCUGGUCAUCAACGAGCAGGAGGAGUCCACUGAGAGCUGCUGGAACUGCGGCCGCAAGGCCAGCGAGACGUGCAGCGGCUGCAACAUCGCGCGCUACUGCGGCUCCUUCUGCCAGCACAAGGACUGGGAGAGGCACCACCGCAUCUGUGGGCAAAGCCUGCACGGCCAGAGCAAGCCCCUGGCACUGCCCACGGGCCGGGUGGCAGCCAAGAGCCUCGAUGGCAUCCCCAGCCCAGCCCUGGAGAAGAGCUCGGCCACCACCUCGCGCUCCUCCACGCCGGCCUCCGUGACAGCCAUAGACACCAACGGGCUCUAGGAGGGAGCUUGGCUUGGCUUCACUCCACUGGAUGAGUUCCCUGGGGGUUUCAAAGCUGAAAAAGCCCCUGCAGCAACUGUUAUCACUUGAUAGAUUUGACACAUUGGGGCACCGACACUCCGGCCUUGCCCUCUCAUUCUGCCUGUUCCUCUGUGGCUCGUGGACUGGGGUGAGCCCGCCUGCAGCAUCUCCCUGCUCCUCUCAGGGGGACACAGAGCAGUGCCAGGACCUGGGGGACACUGGGCACCUGCUCAGGGGACCUGGACUAUGGGGAGAGCACUGGCACACGCCAGAGGUGCUGAGAUGUGGUGCCCAGGCAGGGAGCCCUGUCCUUGUGGCAUGCUCAGGCUCGCUUCCCAAGGUGUCAGAGCCACCACUGCCUCUCCUGCCACCUUUCCUCCAUCAUUUCCAUGUUUGUGCCCUGCUCCCAGGCAGCUGUGCCUCAGGUGGGCACAGCUUGGCUUUGUGGGCUGGUUGUUGCUGUGAACAGACCAGAGCCAAUUUCCCAGCAGGAGCAUCUCAUCCUCUGUGCAAUGGCAAAAGCUGAGCCCACUUCUGCCUCCAGGCUGGCAGCUGAGGCUUGCAGAGAGGGAGGAGGGGGUUUGUCUGCUCUAAAACAAGAGGCAGUGGCAGGAGGCACUGCUGGAUGGCCUGGAUUCCAUCCCAGUCUGUGGUGAGACAGACAGUUGGGUGUUUCCUGGGUGGGGCCUGUGCUGGGGGAACACGUGCACAGCAGAUCUGGGCUGGGUGCAGGUGCCCUUUCCACCUGGGGGCCGUUGUUUUAUUUUUCUCACUGCCUGGAAGCUGCUGGUUUGUGAGUUCCUGCUGUUGUUUGUGAGCCCAGGGAUCCUCAGUGGUGCAAGGGGUUGUUUACAGCCUGUGCUCUCCACUCACACUGCUAAAAGAAAGGCAGGACUGGCUGUCCUGUGGGGAUUUUUAUCCCCUGCUCCAGGGGAUUCCUGCAGUGCUGCCUCCAGAGAUGCCCAGGGAUGUGCAUCCACCCUCAGAGAUUGUCCCAAAAUCAGAGGAUCCCAAAAUCAGAGGAUCACGAGGUCCCUGGGGAAGGGGCCAGCCUGGGGGGCUCUGUCCAUCACAGGGUCGCUGUUGUGGGGUGGACAAAGGGACUGGGGCACCCAGGGCAGUGCAGGCUGUGCCAGCAGGGCUGGCCAGCAGUGCCACACAGGGUGGCAGUGGCACAGCCCGUGGCAGGGAGGGGAUGUGCCCUCCAGGAGCUGCUCCCAACUCUCCUUCUCUUGAGCAGAGCCAUGUGUGGGACUGUGUGUGCCACUGCUGGGCUGGAGCCCAGUGAGGCUGGGAAUUCCCUAAUUAUUUCUGAUCACUUCUUCAAUUGGAGGCCAAUAAUGGAGCUGUAAUGAGCUGUCACAGGGGUGAGCAGGGAACCUGCUGCUCCAUCCCUGGCCCCGUGGGAAGCUGCUCUUGUGAGAUGGAGCUGGUCUGCAAGGUUUUAUUAAAAAGCCACGAGGUCUCGUGGUGUUGAAGUGAAUCCCACAGGGGAUGUGUCCCCUGUGUCCCCAGGAAUUGGAGCACUCUGGCAUUGAGGCAGCUCCCAGUGGAGCCACCCUGACCUGCAGCAGCCCAUGCUGGGGCUGGCAGGAAGGAUCUCCUGCCCUAAGGGGCACUUCUGGAACAGCCUCAGGUCCAUCCCAGGUCCCCUCCUCACUGCAGCCCCAGCCUCACACUGUGGGUGAGGGGUGGCAGUGCCAGGCUGGGCUGGGAAGGGGGAACAAGGCAGGGCUGGAAGGAAUUGCUUGUAAAUAGAUUGUCUUCCAUAAUUCUCAUGCAACUUUGAUGGCUGUGUAUUAAAAUUAACCCCAGUGUAAAUGAAUGAAAUACUAACAGUCAUGAUUAGAAUGAUUGCUUCUUUUCUUUUUUUUUUUUUUUAAGAUGGAAUGAUAAAUGUGAACUUGGGGUGUGGGAAGACAUUGGGUUAAGGUUUCUAUUUUUUUUUUUUUGACAUUUAAUUCUGUAAUAGAAAUUUGUUACUUCAUUCCUGUGCAUAACUUAUUUAAUGUCCUGUAUAAAGGAACCCAAACUGUUACAGAUGUAUUUAGUUUGUUCUACUCAAAAUUAGUCAAUAAAAAGACUAUAUUCA